UUUCGUGAUCCGUUAAGACUGCUGGCGCAGCGAAGGAGGAAAAACUUUCCGAACGACGAAAACUUUCGGACACAAAGAACGCAAGCCGUAGCCAGCAGGCAGCUCCCGGACAUUGGGAUAACUUUGUCUUACGAAGUUGUCCAGCUGCGUCCCGGGGGGUUGGCGGUAGUCGAAGGGACCACCCAGACAGGACAAGAGAAGUUCUAAAUCGUUUAAAAAGCCGGCAGCCUUCGUUGGCGGUCGUGUUGAAAUGAUGAAUCGAUGGCACACGCCACGCGUGCGGUGGCCAUGCGUGUGGAUGUGCAGCCGGAAACAGUCGCUGGAAGUGGAAAACUUUUCCCCUCCUGGAUUCAUGAUCGUUUUCUUUACCGAAAAUGUCUUUUUGUUCCCCUUGUUGAGUGAUUUUUUUAAGGCUUUAUCCCGAAUUUGAGCCGAUGAGCUUUACUGCCAGACAUUCCUGCACCAAAAAGGUACUCGGAAAGCUAUUCAAAUUUGAAAAAGCCAACCUGGUAUGUAGUAAAAAUGAAAAAUGGACGACCAGUUCCAUCAAGCAAGAUCCCCACGCCCCUAGAGAAAUAUCGGACACAGCAAAGGGACGACCCAUUCAACUGGUGGGGAUGAAUAUGUUUUUGGUCCUUCGAACCGGAUCAGAUUACUCGUUUGUUUUGCACAGCGCUUCGUUUCCCCAUUUCCAAUGCGCUGCUUUGGAGCGAAUGUUGGUGCGAAGGCAACAUGAUUAAUAUGGCGUUAUGUGUCUUGUGCCAGGGAGCUUUUGUGCUUGCUGGAUUGUUCUCCACCCGUACCUCAAACACAUUCAAAAUGCUGGCAGAUGUUCGGUUUGGUUGAAAAAUGCGUCCCAGCUGUGUACGAUGGCCAACCGUUUCGCGGCAACCGAAGGGCAAGGGAACAGAAUUCCACUCUCCUCGUCGGUGGGCUGCGUCGUCGGGUACCGUACAUUGUAAAUAAUAUGCAUCGAUAAACAACACGACCAUACUUGAAGCGGAAGUGGAGCAGUGUAAGAAACGCGUAAAACACAACAUCCCAUCAACCGUAUCGAUAACUAGUUAUGUAAAACUAACAAACAAAAAGGAAUGAAAUAUUAUUACUUGUAAAACUGUAACCGUGGGGGAAGAAGGUGAGGAGAAAGCACUCGAUGGAGAUACAACUCAUCCCCGCGGACAAGCAACACCGAGGGGACAUCUGGGGGUGGGAAAUUCAAAAACAAAUGUAUAUUUUAGAAACAAAAGGCAAAUCGAAAAGUGAUAAAACAGUUAUUUCCAAUGGGAAAAAGAAGACGGAAACGUACGAAGGCGGUAAAAGGGAAGAUGAUGUAGAGAGAAAGAGAGAGAGCGAGAGCACCUUUGGGGGAUCUCACAUUCUCUUCUCGAUCGCUUACUCCGUUACGUACGUUCCGGGACAGUUUCCGUUCUGAUUCCUUCCCUCUACUCUUACACAAGCUCCCUCUCUCUAUCUCUCACAAACUGUUACACAUACACAGCUCGAUUGUGUAGACACACUUUCGUGCAAUCAUUGCUCUUUAAUCGUUUGCGCUAGUUUGUGAGGCAAAACGUAUUUUCGUACAAAAACGCAAAGAAAGAGAGGCACAACUUUGUGAAAGAUAUCAUUGGGCUAGGAGUAAUACAUUUAAAUAAGCAAAAUUCUGAACUUUCGCGUUCGUUCGAACUGCAUUCGAUGGAAAAGAAUGAAUGAAAAGCUUGUAAAUAUUGUUGACCAAAAAAAAAACACAGAUAGGAAAUAACUGUUACAUGUACACUGUAUCGCAUAAGCAUAAGAUGCACCUAUAUUAACUCUUUCUGUGGCAAUAUUUCUCAUGUACGGGCGAUCGAAUGUGUGUGUGUGUUUGAGUGUGCCUGUUUGUUUGGAGAAUUGAGUGUGUACGUGCGGGAUUGUACGAGUACUUUAACUCUGCCUUGCAAUGAACGUACCCUACAUUUCGACGCUGUCGUCCCUCCCGCAGCUUAAAGUACGCUGGCACAAACAAAGCGAUAAAACCCCACUUUUAAACGAAAAGCAAUAGCUACACCACUCUAAACGCAAAAAGCGUUAACAGAGUCCUGUCGAUCCAGGAGAUCGACCCAACCAGCGUUAAAUUAAACAACAAAUCUAACUACCAAUGGGACCAACCGAACGCAGCAAACACAGCAACUGCGAAGCGGAGCAGCAACAACAACUUUGCAAAAGCUGAUAAAAGCUUGACCCAAAGCUUUCAAGCCGAAAAAACGAACCAAAGGCAGGAUGGAAAAGAUGGGACAUUUGCAUGUUUAUAACGGGAAAUGAAUUUGUUAUGAAGCUUCCCCAAGCUAACCGAUGGGCCUUGGCUCCUCCUUUGGCUCUUUGGCGGUACGAAAAAGUUGGCAAACCUCACCACAUCGGGUGGUACAGCACAGUGGAACCUCCUAGUGCUGGACGAGCAUGUUGAUGAUGAUGUCGGUGACGAUGGGGAAACUGAUUGUUGGAGACACUGGCCGAAAGAGUGUAUGGAUUGUUUUGUGGGGAUUCUGGUUUGUUUUUUUUCGUUCUCACCAUUCACCGAAGACUAACUAGAAAACAUGUUUGUGUGCUGAAACGUUAAUUUGCAUUUUAAUACGUUUCUACUGAAGUAUGCAACAAGCGGGAUAUGUGGCACGGUUACAGAGCAAGCUAUUGUUUUCUCUUGCGUACUUGUAGGAUCGGGUAAUGACAACUCAAUUGACUUGUUGUUAUCAUCAAACCAUCGCUUUCCCAUAACAAUGACAUUGAAUUUUAAUAGCUUUAUGUUAAAAUAAAACACAAGGCUAAUUUCAGGCUUGGUGCAAUACAUCUGUAACGCGGAUUGCAUACAUUUUGGCGUCUAAUUGUGUUUUGGAUGCAGGUGGGAAAUACCAUUUCCUGAUGUAUAUUACACUAUUAACUGACAUCUGAUCCACUUUCUUAUUAAAAAAAAACUACUAAAUAAGACCCUGUGACUCACGCCAGUCUUCUUUCUUCAUUUUUUGAACCCAAACCUCUACAUAAUGGUAGAAUAAUAUUCAACAAAUGUGUCCUUUCAGCUUCUACCAUUCGCCUACACCGUGGUUACACUUAUCCUGCUCUUCUCAUCACUUAACCCCCAACCCUCCUGCUCGAUCCUCACUAACCAAUCUUACCGUAAGUGGUACUUUCUCACCCUAUCAGCAAUCGCUCAAGCAUUCUCGUGCUACGUGACGCACUUGACUAUGCGUCACUUGCUGGUGACAGAGGUUUUUUUUUUUGCUGAUUUUCUCACUGUGUAGUUUUUGUCCGCACAACCGACGAGAAGGAACAAAAAAACGGAACCCACACACCUCCCCGUAUCGAUCCCUUAUCAUUGACACCACAACUUUUCCGCCAUCGAUAGCUGUCGUUCAUCGUUUUUCACCUCCUUAAUCAAAUUCCGAUGAGCCAGCCGAACCGGGCGAACUGGGUCGUCUUGGGGAUCCUGUUGCCGUUGUGCGUGUCGGUGUGUGUGUGUGCGUAUGUUUGUGUUGAUUUGCUAUACGGGCAAAACAUUUCCAAACACCGAAAUUUGUCUGUUGUGAAAGAAACAUGGCAACAAAAGUGUACUUUUCUGUUUCGAGGCACCGCACUCGACAGAACGCUCCACGUGUGCUGCGGAACCGUGGAGGGGAGGGGGAGGGGGAAGAGCAUUUGACAAACAUCGCCCGGGACGGUCGGCGUGAGGGCUGGCCGUAAAGUGUGGCAAACAUUUCUUCGCCCAACGCGACCCAUGGGGUGAAAAAAUUGGAAAACUUUUGGGGGAGCCAUUUCCACGUAAACCGUCCCACUCGUUGACCUAUUUCCGGCGGCCUGUUCCGUCCUGUUCGGUUCCCGGAGCCCGGGUUGAUCGCUAGAAGCCGCUUAAACUUUUACGCCACAGCCCUCAGCACCUUGCUGUUUUGUUUUGUUGAGAGUGUUAUUCGAUAAAGGUGAAAUGUGUUAUUGUUUCUUGCUUUUUUCGGGGAUACCUUUUCGUGCAGUAUUUUAUUGUCAGUUUUUUUUGGUCUCAGCACACAACAUUCUAGUCGCUUCACUCGACCGGUGCGUCGCUUGUUGAACCAAUGCUCUAUGUAAACAUCACUCACCACAAAAAGUCACCUCUUUUUUCGCCCUUCACCCCCAAAAAACUGAAUCAUAAGAAACAGUAAAAGUUUGAUGAUUUGAAGCACCCCUAAACGUUUGCACCUUCCAUCCGUAUCUGAUCAUCUUUAACGACAAAAGACGUUCUGCUGCGUUCGGUAGCACAGAAAAAAGGGGGAGCAACAACUGCAAACAUAUGGGGACAAACAAUCAGCCCAUCAAACAGGCACACAUGCACACGCACACUAGUGUGCUCGUGUGCAGAUAUACGAAUAAAACAUGCAACCUGGGAAGACUGCUUGCUCCCUCGGCAUUCUCCAACACAAACAAACCGUCAUAAUAAGCAACAAAAAAAAGCAACUUUACGCUUCUGACUACGCCAACAACAGGCGGCAGGACUGGGUGACUUUAUGAGCACAAUCAAUGGGCCUUAAAAUUUAUGCAAAUAAGCUCUGACAUUCAAGCAUUUUCCGCUUUUCUGUCUUUGUGUGCGCUUGCUAUUUGUUACGGUUUGCGCGCUGUUUGUGUGUCGUUUAUACAUACGGCUUUCGAAACAGCUGCGGUUGAUGCUUGCACAUAAUCAGUGGAAAACGAGGUUUUUCUUUUACUACUACUUUCAAAGACACAAAUCGUGCGAUCGUGAGGAUGGAAAACCUGGAGUGGAAAAUUUUAAAGAUACUUUGCCUUUUAACGUUUUUUUUAUGCUACCCUUGCUCCAGCAAAGCAAUGCAUUUAGAUAGAAGACAAAGGCACACACUUUUCCCCGGGGAAUGUGAUGGAGACGCCUGGUGCUCUGUGUGAAUAUGUUUUAACGCACGCAAUAAUGGCUUUGGAACGUGCAAAAAGAGCAACCUUAAGCCCGGUAUGUGGUAUGCAGUAAAUGAGACACUAUUACGCACACAAUGCAACACAUGUGAUGAAUAGCUUUCCUUUUGUUGGUUGAAAUAAUCCUCCCAUGCAGGAGGGGUCCAUCUUAAUCAUUUUCUUUGGAAUGUGGUUUUGACAUCGUACCGAUUGCACACACAAAGAAGGGUGUUGUUUUGUGCAAGUUCAACAGCCCAUUUGUUUCACUCGCUACAACUCCUUGUGAAAGGGACUCUUCGCUCAAUGUCAAAGUGUUGCUGAUUGAUUGGGACCAGACCUGCUGCUGCUGCCGCCGCCGGCUGCCUUUCGGUUCAUCAAUCGAGGCGUCGAGAUGCUGUAGUGGAAAAAGGUAAUGGAAAGUGAUAAUCAUGUGUUAAUGUUGCACCUUGCUGUGCCGAACGAGUGCCAGCUUUCGGUAAUGGGAUUGUGCCGGUUUAAGUAAGACGUUAAUGCCCCCUUGCACACAGUCCCUUGCGGGUGCGUGAUUAAUAUGGUGGUGAUUUCAUGUGCCGGUACAAGAUUGAACGGUUCGGAGAUAACUGAUGGACCGCACACACACAGCUUUUGCUUUCUUUGAAUAAAUAAAUCAGUCUGGGUGUGUGAAAGAUUCCCUGCUAUUUAUUUCACUACACCAUUGAGCUGCUCAGUACAAUACACUCUUCAGCCGUCCCCAAUAAUAAUUCCUCCACGUGCGCCUCAACGCUUCAACCAUUGGAACACACAGAAACACAUACACAUGCACACAUUCGUCUGCCAACGGAGUGGCUUCAACGUGCACGCUACAAUAUAAGCAUUACUUCUCACUUUGAUUGAUCUGUGAUUUAUAUUAAGCAAACAGCAAUGCAUUCGCAACGUCGGCCCGCUACUAGCACGCAAGCAUUAAGUUCUGUGACAACUGUGCACUUGUGGUACUCUUUCGCAAAAUGGGAAUGCGACUGUAAAUAACUCACCAACCGCUAGCAAAUACACUCAUCGCCGAUACGAAAGUAAUAUCUAUUUUAUUACACGCUGCGCUCUAUCAUUCUGCUAAUGUAAGCAAGCGUGUCUAAUGGUGGAACAAAAUAUGAACGUUACAAACAGCAUUGUGCAACGUUGGUUGCAUACUGCUAAGGAAUCGAUAAGCUACAGCUACACCCUGAUGCAAACCCAACGCAUAGCUACUUAUACAUAACAUGAUACUACCACUCAACACAUUAAGCAAUGUUACAAACGAACAGUAAGAAUAGUUUCAUUACGUACCUAUCAAAGCUAUCAAGAGAAAUCACCAAUACAAGCAAGCAAGCACACAUACAGAAAAACCAUUAUGCAACACGAUACUUAUAACGCAUCCUCACAAGGGAUGAACACUUACAGCAAAAGAGGCUUCAGGUUCGGUUUUAUUCGUAAAAUAUACUUCUCUGAGUGUGAAUAAUGUGUGAACAAAAAAGGAGCAACAAAAAACGGAAGACAAAAAACGGUGGAAGGAAAACUAAUAGACAAAACGCAAGAGGGAAAAAAGCAAAAUUAAACAAUAACGCUACACAAGUAUUGUAAAACAAAUAUCAAUUGUUCUUCGAACUUUAAUUGAUAGUUUAAAAGUAAAGCAAACAAAAAAUCCACAAACUUACAAGGGAUUAUUAGGAAGAUCGAUUGGAACAAAACAAAAAGUAUAUUUGUACGGACAAAGUAUGUAAGGCAAACACAUAACACAACAUUGAACAUGAUUCUCAUGGAUUGCGAGGGCACAUUUGCUAGGAUACAACAAAUAAAAGCAUUAAACAAUAAACAAAAAACCACAAGUAAUAUUAACACUCAUGUCAUUAAUAAUAUGCAUUUGAUAAAAACGAUACUGAAAAUAAAAGUUGUACAUUUUCUUUCCGUUUUGUUAUGCAGAUCAGCUCUAGAAAUCAGUAUCGAGUAAGUGAAACGAAUCAAAGCGAUUAGAACAAAAAUAUAACAAAGAAUUGUCUUGCACAAAGUGGUUGGCUCAGUGAGCAAUGUUGAGAAUGUUGUAUAUAGCGUAAGCAAAAGGCGAGCAAAAGAAUAAGCAAAACGGAACAAAAAUGUGUCUGUAUUGCAGGAGCAAGAUAAGCGAUGCACUCAAAUACAAUACACAAACACACACGCUAGCUAAACGUGUUUUGCGUUCUUAUUUUUUUCCCGUACUCGGUUACUUGACUAGAAUGGCAAAAUAAAUAAGACAAAGCAAACGUUUUUAAACAAGAAAUGUUAUUACAAAAGAUAUCAGCUUGCUAAUAUAUACUAUUUAAAUCUUAAUUCACUAAUCGUAAGACAAAAUUAAACCAAUGUUACAAAAAGGCGAACAAAACAAGCAGAGCAUGUUAAAGGAAGAAAAGGAAACACAAACUGAAACGGUCUGAGCGUGAGUGGUUUCUUGGUGCGAUGAAAAGGUCACGCGGCACAAACGAAUCGAAA